AUGAAUGAAUCAUUUAAUUCGGCCAUAGAUUUGGAGGAGCAGCCCUCGUAUCAGGACUCUCCUGAGUUUGAUCAGGUUAACGAUGAUAUCUCCAAUGGAUUAUUGGAGAUCAAUAAUAUGUUGAGCAAUUUGAACAAGAACUUGAUUGUAAUGGAGCGAAAGGUUGAUGUUGAUGGUCGAAGUGGUGGAGAUGGAAGCGUCGAAAAGUACCAGUCGAACUCAGUAACUUUGGUGAAUAGAUUGGUUGGCCUGUUCAAGGAUAUAUCAUUGUACAGCCGGAAGAUGAAUGGUAUGGAUACUACAAUGUUAAACAAGAGCCAGAUAUUUGUGAAGAGCAAGUUAAACGAGAACUUGAAGAGUUCUUUGAAGAAGUUUAACGAGCUACAGAAGAGUCUUACAGAUCUAGAUAAGCAAAUGAACGAGCAGGUACAAGAAUCUCACAAACAGAGUGAGACGUCACCGCCACCACAGCAACAGCAACAGCAACAGCAAAGACUUAUCAUAGAAUAUGAGCCAGUCAAUGCAGAAGAAUUAGAGUACCAGAGAAAUCUUGUUGAAGAAAGAGAAAGAGAUAUAGAACAGAUUUCCCAUGGAGUCUCGGAAUUGAAUGAAAUCUUUCACGAUUUGUCUAGUAUGGUGGAUGCACAGGGAGAAUUUGUAGACAACAUCGAAACUAACAUAUAUAGCACCUUGCACGACACGCGAAUGGCCAAUAAGCAUCUUCGAAGGGCUGAUAGGUAUCAUCGCAACAAGCGUAAGCUCUGUUUCUGGCUUCUUAUGAUUGCCUGUGUGGUGAUUUUGUUUGUCAUCAUGAUCAUCUUUGCCUAA